AUGGUCGCUCAUAGCACUUUGGAAGAACAAGACACAACAACAACAACAACAACAACAACAACAACACCUUCAUCAUCACCACCAUCACCUCCUAGAUCCAGGGACACCUCCACCCUCCUCUCGACUCCGCACUCCGACCACCACGCAACCUCACCACCAUCAUCAUCCUCAUCCUCAUCAUCAUCAUCAGUCCACCACUCCUCCCAGUCACACCGUCAGCAACCGUCCAACCAGUGUGUGGCAACCCCAAUCCCAUUACCAGACCAGUUAGACCACCAGCCCCUCCCCACCCGGGUCCCAGUCUCCACCCACUUUCCUCUGUUCCGCUGCCAGGGAGACUUCCUGUUAAUCACCCGGACGGCCUCCAUGUUGGAGCGCUCCGGCUUCUACUGGGGACCCCUAGGAGUGGUGGAGGUAAUUAAAAACAAUACAUAUAUCUAUUUUAUCUAUCACCCCUUUCAGAGCCUGGUUCCUCUCGAGGUUUCUUCCUAGGGUUCCUGCCUUUCUAAAGGAGUUUUUCCCUAGCCACCGUGCUUCUACAUCUGCAUCGCUUGCUGUUUGGGUUUUUUUUUAGGCUGGGUUUCUGUAUAAGCACUUUGUGACAUCUGCUGUUGUAAAAAAGAGCAUUAUUAAAAUACAUUUGAUUGAUUGAUAAAAUGUUAUUUAUAUAACCUUUUCACAACAAUAAUAGUCAGAAAUUGCCUGAGAGGAACGGAACAGAGAGACGGCAGUCAUUAAUGGAUUAAAAGUGCAAAUACCGAUUUCAAUACAACUAGAUUAUAUGAAGUUAAAGGAGAAGUUUUUUUUUUUUUUUUACAACCAAAUCUCUAUUUUUUUAAAAUGUAAACGGCAUGUUAUAGAAGGGUCCAGACACCUUUUUUUUUUUGUUGUGAUUUCACAUAUUUUUUGAGAAACUCAUCCCAAACUGCAAAUCACUGCCCUCAUCCUCGCUGUGUAGUCUCUAUUGGGGGACCUUAAAAAAAACCCAUUAACAAAGGCUCCAGAAUCACCCAAAUAUUGGCCUUUUAGAAACGGCAAAGCUCUCAGGUAAUAGUGACGCAGGUCGUUAGAUGUUGUACAAAUUAAAUUGUGUCCGUUAUUGUCCAUUCUGUUUGAGACUUGGACCAUUUACAUCAACAAUUUAGAUUUGGUUGUAAAAAAAAAAAAAAAAAAAAAAAAAGACUUCUCCUUUGAACCGGAAGUAUUCAACCUAUUUGGGCCUUAGAACUUGACAUAUAUUAAACAGGAAUGAUUAAUUUAUUACAUAACAUUACAUUUUUAAGUGUUUUUAUUAUUUCUAAAUGUUACUGUUAUCAUCUGGGAUCAAAUGAACAUCUUGUUUAAUUGCAUGUAUUAUUUCGAACUUAAAUGAAACUCAAUGAAAUUCAUUAUUUAUUGAUUUGAUAUUUAUUCUCUGUCCUCUGUUGUUCCCCCCCCCCCCCGCCCCCCCCGCAGGCUCACAGCCGACUUAAGGACGUUGCCACGGGAACAUUCUUGAUCCGGGACAGUCGCAAGAAGGACGUCUUCUUCACGUUGUCCUACCGCGCGGCCAGCGGCCCCGUCAGCGUACGAAUCAUCUUAAAGGAACAGCACUUCAGCCUGGAAGGAAGUGAGCACUCCUUCCCCUGCCUCUUCGUCCUGCUGGAACAUUACAUCAAUUCCUCGAAGAAAAGCCUGAGCGUUCCGUACAGGAAACAGCGCCCCACGCUCCAGGACCUGUGCAGGAAACGGGUCGUGGAGUCGUGCGGCGGCGAGGUGGAGCGGGUCGAGAGGGUCCCCGUCAACCAAGUCCUGAAAGACUUCCUGUUAGAGUUCCCAUACAGGAUAUGA